GUAUAGUUGUCUUAAAUAAAAGAAAAAUGUUUGGUAAGAAGCGAAGAAAGCUUAAGACGUUGGAUUAUUAAUUAAUUAACUAACCUAAGAAUCGAUGAGAAAAUGAGAAUGGCGCAGUCCUUGAUCGUCGUGACUCUCAGCCGGCAAGUGUUUAAAAGGACCACAUUCUUCUCUCACUCUCUCCCUCCUUCUUCAUCUUCUUCUCUCAGAUCUCCUUUUUCUUUCGUUUUUUUCAACCGAAAGAUCCCUCUCGCUGCUUCUUUAUCUUCUCAAGCUACCAUGGGCGAAACUACCCUCGCCGUUGAUCCAGGCAUGGACGCCGUCCAGCGCCGUCUCAUGUUCGAAGACGAAUGCAUUUUAGUGGAUGAGAAUGACCGUGUGGUAGGUCACGACUCUAAAUAUAACUGUCACUUGAUGGAAAAGAUUGAAUCUGAAAAUUUGUUGCAUAGAGCUUUCAGUGUAUUCCUGUUCAACUCAAAGUAUGAGUUGCUUCUUCAGCAACGAUCUGCAACAAAGGUAACAUUCCCUCUUGUAUGGACAAACACCUGCUGCAGCCAUCCACUGUACCGAGAAUCUGAGCUUAUUCCAGAGAAUGCCCUUGGAGUAAGAAAUGCAGCUCAGAGGAAGCUUUUGGACGAACUUGGUAUUCCUGCUCAAGAUGUACCAGUUGACCAGUUCACCCCAUUGGGUCGCAUACUUUACAAGGCACCUUCUGAUGGCAAAUGGGGAGAGCACGAACUGGAUUAUUUGCUGUUUAUUGUCCGAGAUGUUAACGUUAAUCCAAAUCCUGAUGAAGUGGCUGAUAUCAAAUAUGUGAACCGUGAUCAGUUGAAGGAGCUGUUAAGGAAAGCAGACGCAGGCGAGGAAGGUUUGAAGCUGUCCCCCUGGUUCAGACUAGUUGUGGACAAUUUCUUAUUUAAAUGGUGGGACCACGUUGAAAGAGGGACUCUUGGCGAGGUCAUUGACAUGAAGACAAUUCACAAGUUGAAAUAAAAUCAGGGAUCUUGCUUGCAGCAUGCCACUUAGGGUUGAUAUUUUCUUAGCAAAUAAAUAAAUUGGAUCUGGCUGAGUUGAGUUUUUGAAGUGGUGUCCGGGAUGAUAUCUUUGAUCCUCUCUGUUAUUUGGUAGUAUAGCCAGAGCAUCUACGUCUGUGUGUAUCUUAUAGUUAGCAGAAUGUUUUGUUGUUUAAUUUAUGAUUUUGGGAUGGUUGCAAAUGUUCAAUAAUGAACUAUUUAAAUUGUUCUCUUGGCAUUUAAAGUUAAAGGUGUUUGGAAUAGGCUGCUAGUGUCUUGAAUCUCUUUGAAGUUAAUAAAGAUGCUAGGAAUAUGAUGGUCAUGAUUUGAAUCUUAA